AUUUCUUACCAAACCGAAAAUUGAAGUACCAAAAACCAUCUCGCCUUCGCAUCUAAAUCUCUUCAGUCUCUCCCCUCUUUCCUCCUCCGUUUCCCUUCUUCAACCCCUUUCCGUCCCAAGAUCAAAAGACGCCCUCAAAAAAAAAAAAAAAAGAAGGAAAGAAACAAAGCUAAAUGGAAACCUCUCCAAGGCCGAGCCCAAACCCGAAUUUCCUUGCAUCUCCCAAGAGCCACAGUCCCAACAGCAGCACCAGCAGCACAAGCAGCAGCAACAACACCAACCCACCGCCGCCAACUCCGCCAGCUCAACAGCCUAAGCUCACCAGAUGCGAAUCCGCCAAUCCGUACCCGACAACUUUCGUCCAAGCCGACACUUCCUCUUUUAAACAAGUCGUCCAGAUGCUCACGGGAUCCUCCGAGACCGCCAAGCUUGCUUCAUCCACCAAACCAAACACCUCCGCUCAAUCCGACCCUAGCCCGAAAACCCACAUCCCUCCCAUCAAAUAUCCCAAAAACAAGCAAAAUUCUGGGUUCAGGCUGUACGAGCGAAGGAGCUCUCUCAAGAACCUCAAGAUCAACCCGUUGAACCCGGUUUUUGGCUCCAACAAUUCCGGCUUUUCGCCUCGCAAACCUGAAAUACUCUCCCCUAGCAUUCUGGACUUCCCUUCUUUGGCUCUUAGCCCUGUUACUCCCUUAAUACCAGACCCGUUUGACCGAUCUGGACCUGGAAAUUACACGAAUUGUUUUAACAAUAAUGCGAAACUAGACAAGGAAGCUGAAGAGAAGGCAAUUAAAGAGAAGGGUUUUUAUUUGCAUCCAUCACCGGCAUCUACGCCGCGAGAUUCGGAGCCUAGGCUUCUCCCUCUUUUUCCAGUUACUUCACCUAGAGUUUCAGUGAAGAUGGGGAAUCGGAAAGAGGGAAAAACAAGAGAUAAGAUUUGUAAUGUUGGAUAUUUUGAGAGGAAUGAAGAGAAAAUCUUUGCUUCAAUUGUAAAAUUUUAUGCUUUUGACUUUUAUUUUCCCUCUUUGUUAUGUUUGUAUGCUAGGAAAUUUGAGCUAAGAACAAUAAGAAAAUAAGCUUAGUGAAUUAAGGAAUUAAACUUUGGUAUUUUGAGAAAUUAUGGUGCUUUUUGUAGAGGUUAAUUUAUAUGGAUGACUGUGAAUUGAAGGGGAGAAUCAGUGGUUUUUACUCCCUCUGGUAAUUCUUUUUCUAUCAAUAAAUACAAAAGAUAAGUGACUGGGAGUCUGGGAUCCCAAUCAGUUCUAGUGCCUUUUUUAAGACAUUAAUAAACAUUGUAAGAAGUGCAGAUGAACAGAGAGAGAGAAAGAGAGAGGAACUGGAAUGGGAAAAGUUUUGUUUGUAUCAAAUGGCAAAAGCAACUUUGAGGCUAGCUGUCAAAGAAAGAGUAGAUAAUUGGGCAAGGAAUCUUGACUCUUUUGUUUUGUUUUUCCUUUGUGAGGGAAAAAAAAAAGAUGCCAACGGAGGCAGGCAAUUUCUGUGUGUUUUUCUUUUUUAAAAAAGAGAAAAUUCUAACUUUUUAUGCACUCUUGAUUGCCUUAUUUAUUGAUUGUUAGUACAUCUACUGUUUCUACUUCCUCAAACUGUGGUCUAGGCUGUUUAAUGCAACAAUUUAUAGUCUACUAUCUUGACCUUAUGGGUAGAUCCACCAUAAGGGGUCAUUAUAGAAAAAAUGUCACCAUUGGAUAUGAAAUGGGCCCCAUUCAAUCUUGCCAUCUGAUGCAACUUUUUAAUACUGAAAAAUUUUAAAAGUUACUUAUGAUUUUUGGUCAUAGGGGUUGUCUGUUGAUAUAUAUAUAUACAUAAGUGUAGUGGGCUCUAUUCUAUAAGAAAAGUAGUAAUAAAUCUAGUGGACUUGAUGACCAAUUUGGUACCAUUUCAGCCACACAAGGGUAUUUUAUUAGGACAGUGAAUUCUAGGUCCCACUUGGAUAAGGGCUGGAAGGAAAGAGAAAGCAAGCAAUGACCCCUUUUUCUUUUU